AUGGCGACGAUUGACAUAUCGCCGCAAAGGGCGGCUCUCCUGGACGAUGCGAUUGUCCUUGAGCAGCUGCCUCAGGAAAUCCUCGCCGUCAUUCGAGAGCACACCUCCACGAACCUACUAGACGUUCUGUCUCAAGCGGCUCUCAUACCCCAACUUACAAGCCGACUUUUCGUCCAUUUCGAGCAUGUUUUCCCUGACCUCUGUGCCCGAUGGAUCCUCAACCCAACCGAUGCGAAGACCCAGACGGACGUCCUCGCUGCAUUUGCGCGAGUACUGCGAUUCGCGCCCUACUUGUCGACUUUUCUCAGGCAUUACAUGAGCUCAGGCUCAUCACCAACCUCAAACAAACCGCUGGGGCUCCAGCAACUCGAUUUCGCGAGCCUGCAAAAUCUCCAGCAAGACGAGCUCUUGCGAUUGCUACUGGCAGUAUGGAGACUGAUCAGCUUUGAUGCAGGCGCCUACUCCAUCCUGGUCUCACCCGCCCAAAUGCAAUCACUCUUUGCUCACGAGCAUCUCGCCGUGCGUUACCUGUGUAUCCGGAUCUUCUGUCUGCAGGUUCACGCCGCAGACGCCAAGCGAGAGGCUCUCAUCCGGGAGCAUGUCGGUGCCUCGGCCAUCUCUGGAGACUUUGAUGGCCAACACGUUGACUUUGGCUUCUUGCCGCUGCACGAGCACGCACGUGUGGAGAAUCUGGAUGCCUUACGUCGCGAGAGGAACGAGAGGGCUCUGAAAGAUGAUGCCCCAUCUAUUCCUCCCCAACCACUGACCCCUCUUGUCGCCUGCUACGGGCAGACAAUCCUCCCUCGACCUUCCGCGCCUUCGCAUAACACAUCCUCUCUAGUUCCCACGACGACGACAUCAAACAACCUGGAAAGCCUAGCCGGCCUCCUGAAGGACAGGAAACCGAUUCUGCUCCAUGGACUUCCCGGAUCCGGCAAAACCUCCGUCAUUCACGAGUUCGCCAAGGAGUUCGGGAAACACUCCGGAAUGGUGACUCUGCAUAUUAACGAACAGACCGAUGCGAAGAUGCUGGUGGGGCUUUACGCGGCAGACUCGAAGCCAGGAAGCUUCUCGUGGCGACCUGGUGUCCUGACGACAGCUGUCAGGGAGGGUCGAUGGGUUCUCAUCGAAGACCUGGAUCGGGCCCCCAACGAAGUCAUCAGUACCCUCUUGCCGCUGAUCGAACGCGGUCAGCUCCUCAUUCCCAGCCGAGGCGAGACCAUUGAGGCCUCGAGCGAGUUUCGUUUGUUUGCCACCGUUCGGACGACAAAAGGCAUGCAUGGGCGCGAAACGCUGCCGAACCUCCUCGGUCUUCGCUUCUGGCAACAGCUAUCGAUCCAGAUCCCGUCUGAAGCCGAAUUCCUCGACAUCAUCGUGGGCACGUACCCCGUUUUGCGUCGAUUCGCCUCCGAAAUUAUGGCUGUUUUCAGGAGGUUGACGAACUCGGUGUCGGGAGCAAGCCGCAGCUCAUUCAACCGAAGCUUGCUUGACCGUCAACCAAGUUCCCGAGACCUGCUGCGAUGGUGUCGUCGGCUUGCGAGCCUUCUUGGGGACGCCAACUGCACGACGGGCGACGAACCCAUCAGCGACACAACACGCGACCAAAUGUUCAUGGAAGCAGUUGAUUGUUUCGUAUCCAGGAUACCUGACGCCAAGGCACGCCAGCAUAUCACCUUCCAGAUCGCCGAGGAGUGGCACAUGUCCAAGGAGCGGGUAGAGCAUUACCUCGAAGCUAGUAUCCCGCAACUUGAGGACGGCCCCGAUCAGUUCCGCAUCGGCCGAGUCAAGCUCCGAAAGAAGAAGGACCGUUCUGGCAAGAUUGUCAAGUCGAAGAGGCCAUUCGCGAAUACGACUCACGCCAAGAAAUUGCUGGAGCAGGCGGCUGUUGCGGUCAAGUCUGGCGAACCCGUACUGCUCGUCGGUGAGACGGGUAUCGGCAAGACGACUGUGAUCCAGCAGCUUGCCGACACACUCGGCCACAAGCUCAUCGCAGUCAACCUAUCACAGCAAAGCGAAGUCGGUGAUUUGUUGGGAGGCUUCAAGCCGGUUAAUGUGCGGAGUCUUGCGGUGCCCCUGAUGGAAGAGUUUGAAGAUCUCUUCGCCGCAACGGGAAUAUCGGCCACGAAGAACCAGGCCUACCUGGAACUUCUCGGAAAGACUUUCGCGAAAGGCGACUGGUCCAGAGUUUCCAGACAAUGGAGGCAAGCGCCAAAGAUGUUCAUCAAGAUUGUCGAAGAGCUGACGAGGCGGGAGAACGAGCAAAGAGAAGCUCGCAACGGCGAGGACCAGCCGACCAAGAGGCGGAAGACCGAGUCCAAACUACAGAGGCUCCUUGACCUGAAGCCGCGCUGGGAUGCUUUCACUCGCAGCCUUGACCAGUUUGAGAUUCAAAUGUCCGGAGGCUCUGGAGCCUUCGCUUUCUCGUUUGUCGAGGGCAAUAUUGUCAAGGCAGCAAGAAACGGAGACUGGGUCCUCCUGGACGAGAUCAACCUUGCCUCCCCUGACACUCUUGAGAGCAUCGCGGACCUUUUGACCGGCCCAGCCGAGACGCCAUCCAUCCUCCUAUCAGAAACGGGUGAGAUUCAGAGGAUAAAGGCGCACCCGAAUUUCCGCAUGUUCGGUGCCAUGAACCCGGCAACGGACAUUGGCAAGCGCGAUUUGCCCAUUGGCAUCCGAUCCAGAUUUACCGAGAUUUACGUCGACAGUCCGGAUCGCGACGUCAAGGAUCUCUUGACCAUCGUGAAGACGUAUCUCAAGGGCUCUGGGACUCGCGACGAUAAGGCAGCCGAUGACAUUGCCCGCCUCUACCUCGAUACCAAGCUUCGGGCAGAAGAAAAAAGCUUGGUGGACGGUGCCAACGAGGUGCCACACUUCAGCCUACGUACCCUGACCCGCGUGCUGUCCUAUGUCAACCACAUUGCGCCCUUUUACGGCCUUCGUCGAGCCCUGUACGAAGGCUUCUCUAUGGGCUUCCUCACCCUCCUCAACCGCGAUUCUGAAAAGCUCCUCAUGCCACUCAUCGACCACCGCCUCUUCGGCCAAAUCUCCAACCCUCAGUCCCUCCUCUCGAAGCCCCCUACGCACCCGGAUGACGGAAAGAAGUAUGUUCGAUUCGUCAACAAAGCCAAGAACCGUCAUUAUUGGCUGUCGCAGGGCGCUCUUGAACCGCAAGAGCGAUCCGACUACAUCAUCACCCCUUAUGUUGAGCGCAACCUGCUCAACCUUGUUCGCGCCACAUCAACGCGAAAAUUUCCCAUCCUCAUCCAAGGUCCUACGUCCGCCGGAAAGACUAGUAUGAUCGAAUAUCUGGCCAACUUUACGGGCAACAAGUUUGUGCGCAUCAACAAUCACGAGCACACGGACCUCCAAGAGUACCUUGGAACCUAUGCUUCAGACUCCAACGGAAAGCUGCGCUUCCAGGAAGGACUCCUCGUCCAGGCCAUGCGCCAAGGCCACUGGAUCGUGCUCGACGAACUCAACCUUGCGCCCACUGAUGUCCUCGAGGCACUCAACCGUCUACUGGACGACAACCGCGAGCUUCUUAUCCCAGAGACGCAAGAGAUCGUGCGACCGCACGAGAACUUCAUGCUCUUCUCGACGCAGAACCCGCCUGGUCUUUACGGAGGCCGGAAAGCACUGUCCCGGGCUUUCCGCAACAGAUUCCUGGAGCUGCACUACGAUGAUAUCCCCGAGGAUGAAUUGGAGUACAUCCUCCAACAAAGGAGCCGGAACACUGCUCCUUCAGACUGCAAGCGUAUAGUGACAGUUUACAAGGAGCUGUCUCGUCUGCGACAGACGAGCAGGAUGUUCGAGCAAAAGGAUAGUUUCGCCACCCUCCGAGACCUGUUCCGUUGGACUCAGAGAAGCGCCGAGGAUCGCGAGCAGAUUGCCAUCAACGGCUUCAUGCUCCUGGCCGAACGUGUCCGCGUGGAUGAAGAGCGCAUCGCCGUCAAGGAAAUCAUCGAGAAGGUCUUCAAGGUCAAGAUUGACCCGGAGCAGCUCUACUCGACCAUGUUCACGGGCAAGGGCAAGUCUGGCGAGAACAGCCAGGGCGUGGUGUGGACAGGGGCCAUGCGACGUCUCUACACCCUGGUCGACUACGCACUCCGCAACAACGAGCCCGUGCUGCUGGUUGGCGAUACAGGUUGUGGCAAGACGACCGUUUGCCAAAUGCUUGCCGAGGCGUUGGGAAAGGAGCUUCACAUUGUCAACGCUCACCAGAACACCGAGACUGGCGACCUCAUCGGUUCUCAACGGCCGGUUCGUAACCGAGGCGCAAUUUCGGAUACACUGAAAUCGGAGUUGGCCACACUCCUCAGUCGCGUUGGCCAGCCUUCUUCCGGUAGCUUUGACGAGCUCAUGCAGGCCUAUCGCGAGCUGCCUGCAGAUGUCUUGUCGACUGUGGACGCGGCCGUGCUGGAGAGCAUUACUGCUCUGGAGACGAAGAGCAAAGCGCUUUUCGAGUGGUCCGACGGCAGUCUUGUCAACUCAAUGAAGUCUGGUGACUUUUUCCUCCUUGACGAGAUCUCGCUUGCCGACGAUUCUGUCCUUGAGAGGUUGAACUCGGUACUCGAGCCUGGGCGCACCCUACUUCUCGCUGAGAAAGGCAUCGACAACUCAUUUGUCACUGCGAGCAACGGCUUCCAGUUCCUUGCGACGAUGAAUCCAGGUGGCGAUUUCGGCAAGAAGGAACUGUCCCCUGCUUUGAGGAAUCGUUUCACCGAAAUUUGGGUCCCAUCACUUUCUGACCGAGAGGAUGUCCUGCAAAUCGUUCGAUCCAAGCUGGACACCACAUUGCGGAACUUUGGCAGUACCAUCGUUCACUUCUCAGCCUGGUUCGGAGAGACCUUCCGAUCGUCUCACUCUGCCGCUUAUUCGAUUCGAGACAUUCUUCUCUGGGUCAAGUUUAUCAACCACUUCGGUUCCGUCAACCCUGACUUUGCUGUUGUUCAUGGUGCCGCCACCGUUUUCGUUGAUACCCUAGGAGCCAAUCCUUCAGCACUGCUGGCCAUGGAUCCCAAGUCAAUGGAAGCCCAGCGACAACAGUGUCUCAACAAACUGAGCGAGCUUCUCAAAUGCGAUGCCACGAAAAUCUACCGGUCGCAGCCUGAAGUGACGAUGGACGCCAACACGCUGUCUCUGGGCCAGUUCGAGAUUGCCCGAGAACCAGGAGUAGCAAUCGAUCCCACCAUCGCGUUCAAUGCUCCUACCACACGUCUGAACCUGAUGCGUGUCCUUCGAUCGCUUCAGAUGCAGAAGCCCAUCCUGCUGGAAGGCAGCCCCGGUGUUGGCAAAACCACCCUCGUUGCCGCCCUUGCUUCCACAUGCGGUCGCCCUUUGACGAGGAUCAACUUGUCUGACCAGACUGAUCUCAUGGACCUGUUCGGUACCGACAUGCCCGUAGAAGGCGCCGAGGCCGGCAACUUCGCCUGGAGGGAUGCCCCAUUCCUUCAAGCCAUGCAAAGGGGUGAGUGGGUUCUCCUGGACGAGAUGAACCUUGCUUCACAAUCAGUGCUGGAAGGUCUCAACGCUUGUCUUGACCAUCGUGGUGAGGUGUACAUUUCCGAGCUCGACCAGGUCUUCCACAAACAUCCCAACUUCCGCCUCUUCGCGGCACAGAACCCGCAUCACCAAGGUGGUGGCCGAAAGGGUCUGCCGAGCUCCUUUGUCAAUCGAUUCAUCGUUGUUUACGCCGACGUCUUGACGGAGGAGGAUCUGCUCCUUAUCGCUCGUCACAGCUUCCCAGAUAUUCCCUCGGAUGUCACUCGCGGAGUAAUCCGCUUCAUUACCAAGCUGGACCACCAGAUCGUUAUCGAGAAGUCCUUUGGCCUGCAAGGUGGCCCCUGGGAGUUCAACCUUCGUGAUAUCCUGCGAUGGUUGAACCUGCUAGCUUCGAAGGACCCUCUGCUGAGCACGGGCACCGUCGAUGACUUCCUCGGCCUUAUCGUCCGCCAGCGUUUCCGGUCGAAUCUGGAUCGCAAAGAGGUGGACAACCUAUUCGCCAGCAUCUUUGGUAGGCAGCCUCACGACCACAGCCUAUACCAUGACAUCAGCACGGCUUUCAGCCAGGUCGGAAAUGCUCUCAUCGCCCGCAACCAGCUGUCGCAACCGUCAAAGCUGCCCGCCAUCAACGUCGUACCUCGACUUUCCGAGAUCGAGUCCGUGAUGAUCUGUGUCAAGCAAAAUACUCCCUGCAUCGUCGGUGGCCCCUCGGGCAGCGGCAAAUCAGCUCUUCUUCAGCACGUUGCUGCGGUUGCGGGCAAGUCCCUCGUAGUGUUUCCGCUCAACGCAGACAUCGACACCAUGGAUCUCGUUGGCGGCUUCGAGCAAGCGGAUCCCCUGCGCGAGCUGAACGCUGCCCUGAGAGCAUUGCACGAGACCCUCGAGGUCUCUGUUCUGUCGCAAGUCCCAGCACAGGUACCUCUUGAAGCGCUGUCGCUACUCCAUGCGCUUGAGGGCUACCAAGGCAACCUUGAUGCGCUCGAGGCCAUCGCAGCAUCAGUACAGACUGUUCUCUCCGAGGUCUCUCCCACCACCGAGAUCGCGGCCCUCCUCACCAACGUCUUCGAACUCCUGCAGAAGCCACUUGAAGCCACCGACCCUCGAUUCGAAUGGCUCGAUGGUGUCAUUGUCAAGGCUCUGCAGACUGGGCAGUGGUUGGUGCUCGACAACGCAAACCUCUGCAAUGCUUCUGUUCUGGACAGACUCAACUCGCUGCUCGAGCCGAAUGGCUUCCUCAGCAUCAACGAGCAUUGUGGACCCGAUGGCGAACCAAGACUGAUCAAGCCUCACCCCGAGUUCCGAAUCUUUUUGACAGUCGACUCCCGCUAUGGAGAGCUGUCCCGGGCCAUGCGCAACCGUGCUAUUGAGAUCCACCUCAGUGAGCUACCGGAUGGCAUGAAGAUUUCCCACCAGACGGGUGUCGACGUCGACAGCAACCUCCGAAGGCUGCAGAUGUCUAGAGACAUCUCCGCGGCAACCCUGCAGAGCGAAAACUUUGUGGAUAUUGGCAGCCUGACACUCGAUAACCUCUCCGUGCAAGACACGUCUCUGGUUCCCCGAUAUUCUGGCGCCUUGACUCAGACUCUGAUGGGACUACCUUCUGAGGCACUUGAGAAGUACCGCAGCAAUCUCGAGGAGAUUUCGAAUUACCUCACAACAGACGAGGCUGCCGCGCUUAGACAGGCUACCCUUGAGCUUUACGCUACCCUGCCCAAUGACAGCCACAGCGAACUGCAGCAUGCCCAGCCCCUAUCUACGCUUCAGAAUGCCCCCAUUGCCCGCCUUCUGCAACGGACCUCGGGUGACCUGGCGUUCUGGUUGAACUGCUGCUUCCAAUUCAUCCUAGAGCUUCAGCGUUGCCAAUCUAUCCUCAAGGCCCAAGUCGGGCGUGCCAAGGCCGGCAAGCUUGCAUCAUUGAACCGUCUUCAGCGCUCUGUUGUUUCGGACCGCAUCGCGGCUGUGGCGAAGGAUUCGACAGCCAGUGUGUCCAAGUUCCUGAACAAGGUCCUCCAAGCGGCGCUCAAGUUUCUCCAGGAUAGCGUCAAAGAUGCUGGUGACUGGAAGGAUCAAUCUCGAAUCAUCAGGCACAUGAUGGACUUCUGGUGGCGAACUUUUGGACUCGUCACCCAACAACACUUCGAAGAGGCAAGGUUCCAAGCCCAUCUCGGUCAUGGCGUCAAGUCACUUCAGGCCGCCCUCUCCCAGGUGCAGGAAAGCUCGAUUCAUGGUGCACUCGCGUCCGGUUUCCUUCAAGCGAUCCAAGAAGACUUCAACGCGGGCUUCAAGCUCAAGACCGGUCUCAGCAUGGAGCCCCUCUGGAAUCUUCUCAAGCCAGCCGCCAUUCUCUCUGCCGAAGCUCUCGAGUCGCAUCGUGAUAUCGAGCGUCUCGCGAUCCGGUUUGAUGCCUUGAGAUGGAAGGUCCGAACCUCCAUCUCGGAUCUUGCCAGCGCCAUGUCGACACUGGUCACCGCUGACCAGAUCGUACGAAGCAACGCGUCUCUCACGUCCCAGCUCAUUGUGGAUCUGAAGAAGGAAAUCGAUACCCUGGAGGCUGGCGUCAGCUCUGCGUCAAGGGAAGUUAGCCCCUUUUUCACCGCGGAGUACGAGACCCUCCGCCAAGCCUUGGUCCUCCAGUCCAUUUCAUACGGUACCACCUUGCCUGCUGAGCACAUGGUCUUGGCUGUCGCCUCGGAUCUGCCCACUUUCGACCAGAGCCGCUUCAGCAAUGCUUUGGGCUCUGCCCAGAAGCUCCUGUCCACCGGUCUUCUCGCAUCUCGAGACGCAAAGACGCAUGUCUGGAACGGCAAGCUCGCUACCUCUCUGCUUGCCAAGUCUAAUUCCAUCAAGAAUGCGAGCCUCGACUCGUUGCGCUUGCUCGAGGCUGAGCUACCUCUCCUGGGCCGGACACUUGCGCGAUCGGCGCCUGAUAUCACCAGCAACUCCAUCCAGGCGCUGAACAACUCGCUCAAGCACCUCAUUUCGGAGAUAAUCGCUGCUCAUGGCCUUGAUGCGGGUGCCCUUGUCGACAACGUCUUCACCCGCGCUUACAGCAAUGCCGAUCUGACUGCCACGACGCCAGAACAGCUCAAGGCCAUGGUGCUCAAGAUUCGCGUUGCAUUCCCCGAGGAGUGGCCUGCGCAGCUUGUCACUGUCUUCAAAGACCACCUGCUCCCGUCUAUAGUCGCACUGGCUGCUUCUGACAAGCAUGCUGCCCACAUGGACAGCGCAAACACGGCUGGAGAUCGACUUGUGGUUGCGUUCUCUUCCGUGGCUUGGGUACAGUUCUCCGUCGGAUGCAUCAAGCUCUACGUUCCGGACAAGGCUUUCGACCCACAGCUGAGGCCUCAGUACGAGAUGGAGGUUCACGGCCACACCAAGGCAGCCUUGGAUAACAGGCUUGCCUCUCUUGUAGAGUUUGAGACACAUUUCACCGGACAAAAGACCUCCCUGCGCGCCCAGCUGGUACAGGAGGAGAUUGAGGCUCUCGGAGCCGCCCCGCCAGCAAGCCAGAUCCUCUACCGUCCAGCCAAGUCUGAACUCGGCGGUAUCCAGGCGGACUUUAACAACAUUCUAAAGUCCGUGGUCGACAUGGACGUAGCCUCCACCCAUGUUACCCACACCCUGACAAAUACGACUGGAUUGAAUGAAGAGAUGGAUCUGGUCAGGUUGAAUGUCGGCCAACUGAUCGAUCGUCUGUCGAGCAGGUUCGAUGCUUACCAGGAUAUGGUUCUGCCCGCUGUGAAUAUCCUGCACUGCCUCCAGCUUGGAUUGUCCCUCAACAGGGGUCUCGACUCUCUUCAGGACCAGCUGCCAACAGCCCCCUUCAUGGGCAUGCUUCCUUUCCUGGGAGGCACACUGCCUACGUCGAACGCGACCUCACUACCGACUCGAAGCCUCAACUUCCUCAAUUACAUGGGUCUCGUCGUGUCUGUCGAGGGCCUGCCACGCCUCGAUGCGCCGGGCCGUCAAGCUCUGUUCAGUUCAAUUCAUGGCUUCUUUGACGAUUGGAACAAGAAGCUCGAGGCCGACCGCAAGACUGAGCAGGAGAACACCAGCCUGUACAAAUUCAGAGGCAGCUUCGAGGACGAAGAGGAACAAGACGAAGAAGAGUUCAACGAGUUGUUCCCGACCUUUGAUGACGAGGAAGACAAGAAACCGGCUGUUCAGCGUCAAAAAGUCCGCGACUUGUCCGUCAAGAUGGCUGAGCUCCACCGCAACAUAUUCUCACAGCCGGAAGAGGCGUCCGAGAGCCUCCGCAAGGCAUGCGCUGCCAUCAGCCACGAGCUCGCUCUCGAGGCCUCACAGAGGGCGGCUGUGGGUCAGGAUCUCAACCGGAAGAUGCUGCCUUCUGCCAUGUGGUCCCUGUACGAGGAGUUGAGCGCUCUGAACGUCAGCGUGCAGACUGACAACUACAACUUCUACUCCGACGCCAACCUGCCCAUGGUUCGACAGCUGAUCUCGCUCGUCAACAAGGUCGAGCUCCGCUUCCAUGAGCUCCAGCAGGUUGACGAGAUUGGCUUCAUGCAGCCUCUCGCUGAUGUUUUGACGGCAUGCGAGACGCUGCUCAGCCUCGUCCAUACCGAACCGCUCGCGAGCAUCCUACCCAAGCUCGAACACCUGCACAUGAUUGUUUACGAGUGGCAGCAUGGCGGUUAUGCGCCAGCCAUCUACGGAGCCCCGGCUCUGUACACGGCACUGACCGACAUGAUCAUCAGCUGGCGCCGCGAGGAGCUCAAGACCUGGGCCAGACUGUUCGACCUGGAAGCGCAAAAGUGCCGCGACGACGCCAACUCGUGGUUCUUCAUGGCAUACCAGGUGGUGAUUGCGGUGCCGCUCACUCUCGUAGACAAGGCCGACGAGCUGCAAGAGUACGCCGUCAGCUUGGUCAAGGAGCUGGGCAACUACUUCUCGACUUCCAUCGUCGGACAAUUCAGCGGGCGCCUGGCGCUUCUGCGCCAGAUGCAGAAGCACCUCGAGCUACUGACCGUUGACUAUCCCUCUCUCGCCGUUGUUCGUGACGCGACGCAGAAUUUUAUCACAUUCUACUCCCGGUUCGAGGCCGUCAUCGACGAGGCCAUUGGCCGCGGCAGGACUCCGAUUGAGAAGAACGUCAAGAACACCGUGUUGAUGGCGAGCUGGAAAGACACCAACAUCAACGCACUCCGUGAGAGCGCCCGCAAGUCUCACCGCAGCCUAUUCAGGCUCGUCCGCAAGUUCCGUUCCGUGCUCGGCCAGCCAGCUGCCCCCGUCAUCGAGCAGGGUCUGCCAGACAAGGAGCCCGUCACUGACAGCGGCGCCGCUUCGAUCAUCAUCACCCCGAGCGUGGACAAGAAGGCGCUGACGCGGUGCAAGAAGGUCGCGCCCCAGUGGCUGAAGCAGAACAAGCGACUGAUCAACAUUGACACGACGCUGUCGGUCAUGGCCAACGUCACCAAGUACAGCUCAGGCACAACGGCCGCCAGCCAAGAAGCCGUUGCCUUCGUCGAGUCGCUCAAGGCCUCGAUUGCCGAACUACGCAAGGAGACGCCGCAGUUCCUCAACGACGAGAACAAGGACCAGGUCAAGCACCUCAAGACGCGCAAGCGUAACCUGUUUGCCGAUGUUCUCAAGGCCAUGCGCAAGAUGGGUGUCAGGCACAACCUCGGCACCGAGGAUCUCAACAGGCAAAAGACGACGGCCACCGUUCUCGGCAGCACGCGCGCCUAUGUUUGCGAGAGCGAGGGCCAGGACGCCGCCGAGUACUACUUCCAGAAGGCCAUUGACAUCGCGGCCAAGGUCAGGCCGGCUGGCCUUGACCACCACAGCGAGCUCACGGGCGCUGAGGUCACGCGCAGCGUUGGUUUCAUGGAGGGCUUCGUGCAGCUGCUUCUACAGCAAAGGGCAUCCCUCGUGCCGGCCAGCACCUCUGUCGGUCCGCUCAGCGAGGCCAUCGGCUCGGUCCGCCAGCUGAGCACGUACUGGGGAGACAAGUCUCUCACGGUUCAAAGACAAUCGUCGAACCUGCUGAAGGCGGUCGACUGGAUCGUGCCGGUCCUCCGAUUUGGUGUCCAGCUCGUCGAGGUUCACGGCAAGCUCGCGACCACCGAUCACUCCCAAGUCGUCCAGACCCUCCAGAACCGACUGGACGGAUUUGCUGCGAGCCUGACAAAGCGCGACACGUCGUCGACGAUCCCCGAGAGGCUCCAGACCUCGGAACAAAAGGCCAUUGACGAAGAAUCACAGCUGAGCCUCCAGGCGCUCGGCAAGGAGCUGGACAGCAUGGCUUCCGCCCACCCCAACCUGGCCUUUGUGCUUCAGCAGAUCAAGGCCUGGACAGCCGUCUCGCGCCAGGACUACGACGACGGCAACGACGCGCUCGAACCCCGCCCAAGCCUCGACAGCUUCAGCGCCGAAGUCUCCAACGUCUGCAACUCGGUGCUCGUCGCCAUGCAGGUGCACAAGAAGGCCGCGACCGAGCUGCCCACCACCAGCGACGGCGCCGCCUGGCUCGUCGACGCGAGCGCCGCCUCGGCCGCCAUGCUCAAGGGCCUGCACAUGAACGGCGUCACCGACGCCAUCCGGCGCUGCCUGUCCGCCCUGGCGCGGCUCGACCUCGACGCGCCGGCGCUGCGGUCGGCGGCGACGUCGAUGCUCGGCGCCGUGCUCCCGAUCCUCGACCAGUACGCUGCGACGUGCCAGCAGAGCGUGGCGCAGCUGCGCGACCUGCACGACGCCACGGGCCGCAUGACGCACUUUCUCGGCCUCACGUUCUCGCAGCUCACGGCCAAGGGCUUCUGCACGCCGCAGGAGAAGUCGGACGAGACGCAGGGCGACGCGGGCAAGCUCGAGUCGGGCACCGGUCUCGGCGACGGCGAGGGCGCCGAGGAUAUCAGCAAGGAUAUCCAGCCCGACGAGGACCUGUCUGAGCUCGCGCAGGAGCCGAACAAGGAGCGCAACAGCGAGAUGGAGGAUGAGAAGGAUGCCGUCGACAUGGCGGACGAGGACAUGGAAGGUGACAUGGGCAGCGUCGACGGUGCCGAAGACGAGGAGAACGGCGAUGACAAGAACGACGGAGACGACGACGGCGAAGACAAUGACAUGGAGGAGGAAGCGGGCGAGGUCGACGAUCUCGACCCGACGGCGGUGGACGAGAAGAUGUGGGACGGCGAAAACGAAGACGAGGCGGAGAAGGAGCAGCAGGGCGAGAAGGCCAAGGGCCAGCAGAAGGACGAGCAGACGGCGGCGGCGGAUGCGCAGCCCAACGACGAGAGCGGCGAGAUGGAGGAGCCCGGCGACGAGCAGGGCGACGAGGGCGAGGACGACGACCCUGCCGCCGAGCAGGAGGACGUUCAGUUCCAGGAGGACAUCAAGCAGGACCAAAACGUCCAGCAGGAGGACGCCCUGGCGCUCCCCGAUGACAUGGAGCUUGACCUCAAGGACGAGGAGUCUGGAUCGGACGACGACGACCUCGACGACAUGUCUGACUCGGGCGAGCCAAAGGACGAUCUGCCUGACCUGCCGGAGAAGCACGAAUCGGACGUGGAAGACGACCAGCAGCCCGAACGUGGCCAAGACCCCGAACAGGCAGACGAGAUGCCCGAGGAAGAAAUGGACAUGGGCGGCAACGAGAUUGACGACGAACCCAAGGCCGAAGAGGAGCAGGAUGGCGAGGAUCCCGACGCCGAGCCCGAACAGCCCGACGAGCCGGAAGACAAGCGGCAGGAUGCCGACCAGGACACGGCCAACGCCGAUACGGAGAACGCGGCGCCGAGCGACGUCAAGAGCGGCGGCCAAGAUCAAAACGCCGACAGCAUGGACGUCGAAAACGAGCCCGACGACAGCGCAGCGCAGCGCGACGAGGGGGACGCCGGCGAGGGCGCCGCCAAGCAAGAGGCCGACGCCGGCAAGAAGGGCGCCGUCUCGCGCUCGGACGACCAGGCGCAGCCCACCGAGCAGCAGGAGGACGAGGCAGCGCGCGAGGAGCCCCGCCAGGAUCCGUUCAAGAAGCUCGGCGACGCGCUCGAGCGAUGGCACCGACAGCAGACGGAGAUCAAGGAGGCGGAGCAGAAGGAAGAGGAGGGCGAGGCCAAGCAGCCCCAGCAAGACGCCGACGACAUGGCAGCCAAGGAGUUCCAGCACAUGCAGGACGACGAGACGGCGCCGGACGCCCAAGCGCUCGGUGCGGCCUCGGACGACCAGGUCCAGCCCAUCGACGACGCCAUGGCGAUUGACGAGGAAAAAGAAGACCCGGCGAGCCGGGUGAUGCCGGAGAGCGAGCAAGAGCCCGAGCAGCAAGACGAGGCGGCCGGCGACCAGAUGGACACGGACGAGCCCGAGGACAAGAAGGACGGCCCAGAACGGGACGACGGGCGGUCCGGGGUCAAGACACGACAGGGCGCCUUCGACCGCGAGGCGACGCCCGAAGACGCCGACGCCGCCCAGAUGGACGCGGACGAGGACGAGCACGAAGACAACAACGUCGACGAGGCGUCGGCGCAGCUCUCCGAGACGCACCUCACGGGCGAGCCCGAGCGACCGCUGCGCGACUUUGACGAGGCGAUGCAGCUGUGGACGGGCUUCCAGACCAAGACGAACGCGCUGUCGCUGUCGCUGACGUCGCAGCUGCGGCUCAUCCUCAACCCGUCGCAGUCGACCAAGCUCUCGGGCUCGUUCCGCACGGGCAAGCGGCUCAACAUCAAGAAGAUCAUCCCGUACAUCGCGUCGAGCUACAAGCGCGACAAGAUCUGGAUGCGGCGCGCCGUGCCGACGAAGCGGUCGUACCAGAUAUUGCUCUGCGUCGACGACAGCCGCAGCAUGGGCGAGACGGCGGCCGGCGCGCUGGCGCUCGAGUCGCUUGUCAUGGUGUCGCGCGCGCUGACCAUGCUCGAGGUCGGCCAGGUCGGCGUGCUGGGCUUCGGCGCCGACGUCUUCGGCGCCCACGCCCUCGACGAGCCCUUCGCCUCGCACGACGCCGGCGCCCGCGUCCUGCAGCGCUUCGGCUUCGACCAGGACCGCACCGACGUUGCCAUGCUCGUGCGCCGCACCAUUGACCGCUUCCGCGACGCGCGCGCCCGCAACCCGGCCCGCGGCGCCGAGGACCUCUGGCAGCUGGCCCUCGUGCUGUCCGACGGCCUGACGCCGUCGUCGGCCCACGAUGCCAUCCGCCGCCUGCUGCGCGAGGCCAUGGAGGAGAGGAUCAUGAUCGUCUUCAUCGUCAUGGACGACACGAGCCACAAGGACGGCGACAGCGUCCUCGACCUCAAGGAGGCCAAGUUCGUCAAGGACGAAAUGGGCAACAGCAAGGUCGUCAUUGAGCGCUACCUCGACACGUUCCCCUUCCAGUACUACCUCAUUGUGCACAACCUCGAGGAGCUGCCGAACGCGCUGGCCGGCCUGCUGAGAACGUGGUUUGCCGAGGUCAACGCGUGA